AUGCUUAAAAGUGUAUGUCCAGUUCAAAAAUGUUUACCUGAGAACUAUUACCAAGCAUCACAGUUGGUGUCUAAGUUAGGGCUAAAGGUUAAGAAGAUUGAUUGUUGUAAGAAUGGUUGCAUGUUAUACUACAAGGAUGAUAGUAAGUUGUCUGAGUGCAAAUUUUGUAAUGCUCCUAGGUUCAUUUCUCGCAAGACUGGCAUGGGAAAGUACAAAGAUAUCCCAGCGAAGAGGGUGUUUUAUUUUCCAAUCAUUCCUAGAUUACAAAGACUAUAUGCAUCAACCGAGUCGGCAACUGAAAUGAGAUGGAAUCAAAUGAACAAAAAUAGUUCCAACGUCCUUCGCCAUCCGUCUGAUGGAAAAGCGUGGAAACAUUUUGAUGAUGUAUAUCCUGACUUUGCAAGGGAGCCCAGAAAUGUAAGAUUGGGUUUGUGUUCAGAUGGAUUUACUCCUUACAUUCAAGCAUCUGCUUCUCCAUACUCAUGUUGGCUAAUAAUAGUUACUUCAUACAAUCUUCCCCCUGAAAUGUGCAUGACCAAGCCAUACUUGUUUCUUGCUUGUCUCAUACCUGGACCUCACAAUCCUAAAUUGAAGAUAGAUGUCUACUUGCAACCAUUGAUUGAUGAUCUAUGUCUAUUAUGGUCCAAUGGAGUUUUGACAUAUGAUAUAUCCAUAAAACAAAACUUCAUCAUGAAAGCCUGCUUGAUAUGGACAAUUAAUGAUUUUCCGGCCUACGGUAUGUUGUCUGGAUGGGGAACACAAGGUAAGCUGGCAUGCCCUCAUUGUAUGGAACACACAGAUGCUUUUACCUUAAAAAGUGGCCAUAAGAAUUCCUGGUUUGACUGUCAUCGUCGUUUUUUGCCAACUAAUCACUCUUUCAGAAGGAUUAAAAGAAGUUUCAUAAAAAAUAGGGUUGUGAAAGACGACCCACCUCCCGUUUCCACAGGUCAAGAUAUAUGGGCAGUAAUAAGUAAUUUUCCAAAAGUGACUGAAAUUGGAUGGGAAGAAAAAUGGAAAGAGUUUGAAGGGUAUGGAGUUGAUCAUAAUUGGAAAAAGCGAAGUAUUUUUUGGGAUCUCCCAUAUUGGAAGGAUAACUUGUUAAGGCACAACCUCGAUGUGAUGCACAUAGAAAAAAAUGUCUUUGAUAAUAUAUUUAACACUGUCAUGAAUUUUAAGGAUAAAACAAAGGAUAACGAAAAGGCGAGAGAAGACUUGGCUAAAUUAUGCUUUCGUGGGGACUUAGAGCUCCAACCCUUAACUAACGGAAAGAGGGGUAAACCAAAGGCAAGCUACACUCUGACCAAAACUGAAGUGAAGUUGGUUUGUAAAUGGCCGAAGGAAUUGAAAAUGCCAGAUGGCUAUGCUUCAAACCUCUCUAGGUGUGCCAAUGUCGAAAAGGGUACGGUGCAUGGGAUGAAGAGCCAUGAUUGUCAUGUUUUCAUGGAGUGUUUACUCCCAAUUUCAUUUCGUUCAUUGUCGGAUUUGGUUUGGAAACCAUUAACCGAGCUAAGUCGAUUCUUCAAAGACCUUUGUUGCAAUACGUUAAGGAUGGAUGACUUAGUUAAGUUGGAUGAGAACAUUUCAGUUAUCAUAUGUAAGUUAGAAAGGAUAUUUCCACCUGGAUUCUUUGACUCAAUGGAGCAUCUUCCAAUCCAUCUUUCUAAAGAAGCGAUGUUAGGUGGUCCAGUACAGUACCGGUGGAUGUAUCCAUUCGAAAGAUUUAUGGGAGUCUCAAAGAGGGCAGUAACAAAUAAGGCAAGAGUUGAAGGUUUCAUAUGCACCGAUUAUAUACAUCGUGAGACAAAUUACUUUUGUUCUCAUUAUUUCAACUCAUUCAGUUUGUUGCCAAACACAAAUAUUUGUAACAAUCCUCGUUCAGACCAUGAUGGCAUCCUACCUACAAUGUCCCUCUUACACAGUGGUGGUCGACCAAGUGGGAAGUCUGGAAAACAUUAUCUAUCAGAUAAGGAAUGGAAGUCUUCACAUGUACAUGUCUUGAUAAAUUGUGAUGAGGUCAAACCAUAUCUUGACAUAUUCUUAGAGAGUCAUUCUAUAAGUAUAGAAGAUUUAUCUGGACAAAUACAUACAGAGUUUCCCAUAUGGUUGAAGAAAUAUGUAAAUGAGAAGACAAAUGGAGUUACCAACAAAGACAUAAUUUCCUUAUCACACAGUCCUUCAUCAUUGGAAAUCUCUUGGAACAUGUACUUUGUAAAUGGGUAUAAGUAUCAUACCGAAGAAUGGAGCAAAGGUAAAAAAACUGUCAAUUGUGGUGUGCACGUGAAAGGUCUCGCUGAAGGAGGAAAAGAUGAUUUUUAUGGCAUAAUCAAACAUAUCUAUGAACUAGAUUACUUUGGAUUGAAGGAGAAGAUUCCACUUUUUUAUUGUGAAUGGUUUGACCCAACAAAGAACACAGGAACAAAGGUUCAUCCACAAUAUAAAACUGUUGAUAUUAAGAUGGAUAAGCGUUAUCGUCCUUAUGAUCCUUUCAUCCUUGCGCAAAAUGCAAGACAAGUGUAUUAUGUCCCAUAUCCAGAAAUGUGUAGAGAUAUGCGUGGAUGGUGUGCGACAAUCACCACAAAACCAAGGGGUCAUGUGAUGAUUGAUAACAUAGAUGAUGAAAUGCCAUAUCAGUCUGAUGGGAUGUUACCUGUUCUACCCACUAUUGAAAUUGAAUCAAUAUCUUGUUUGCGUGACAGCACACAAGUAGAUGUGUUUGAAGAGAUUUUUGAUACGUAG